GCACUGGAUUCUUGGAUGUGGUUUUCUCCUCUCAGAGUUUCUUACUGUGACUUACGAGUCACAGAUCUGACCUGUAAAUUGACCUGGUGGUGCCACCUGCUUUUCUCCAUGAAGAUAGAACAAUUUAAUGCCACACAAUGGAACAUUUCAGAGUCCAGGAUGUCGACAGAACCCACAGAAACCAGCCCUGAAGAUGCAAACCACCGCAGCUUCUGGAUGCCCGGGAACUAUCAGCGCACGGUGCGGCGGACGGAGGACUCGUUUCAGGCGUGCACCGACAUGGUGAACUGUUUCCAGGAGCGAGCGCGUGUGGAGAGACAGUACGCCCAGGCCCUCAGCGAGUGGACCCAGAAGUGGAAGCCUGUAGUCGACUCCAGUCCUCUGUACGGCUCUCUGAUGAAGGCAUGGCAGUGUUUCAUGACGUCUGCAGACCGUUUGGCCUCUCUCCACGCCUCCAUGUGCCGCGCUCUGGUGUCUGAGGACGGGGACCGCGUGCGCACCUGGCAAAAGGACAACUUCCACAAGAAAGUGUUCGGGGGAUUCAAAGAGACGCAGGAUAUCGAGACCGGCUUCGCACGCGCUCAGAAGCCAUGGGCCAAAAAACUCAAAAAGUUGGACAAAGCCAGACAGGCGUUCCAUAAGGCGAGCAGGAGAGAGUUCCUGAUCCGAGAGAGAGAGGCCCACGCUCAGGGAAACCCCGACGUCAACAUCGACAAACAGAAGAAGCUCCAGGAGGAUCUGCAGCUCGCCUCACAGGAAGUGGACAAGGUGAGGACUGUGAUGUGCGCUCCUCGUUAUGAGAAGGUUCUGGAGGAAGUGAACCGCUACGCCCCGAGAUACAUGGAGGAGAUGGAGUCUGUGUUUGACCAAUCACAGGACGAGGAGCGGAAGAGGAUAAUGUUCCUGAAGCAAGCUUUACUGUCCAUCCACAACCACCUGGACGUCACUACCAAUGAGAGUGUGAGGUCCGUGUACAGUGAGCUCCACAACACUCUGAUGUCCAUAGACGAACAGGACGAUCUGCGCUGGUGGAAGAACACGCACGGCCCCGGGAUGCCCACAGACUGGCCCCAUUUUCAGGAAUACAACCCAGAGAAGAAGUCCAAGCCUAAAAAAGGGAAGAAGGAAGUGAAAGAAGUGAAGGAGGUGAAGGAGAUUAAGCAGGUGGACACAGGAACCAUAGAGAAAAGUGUGAUGAUCGGAGGAGUGAAGGUGAGAGCUCUCUACGACUAUGUGGGACAGGAGACCGAUGAGCUCUCAUUCAAAGCAGGUGAGGAGUUCUUGAAGAUCGAGGACGAGGAUGAUCAGGGCUGGUGUCGAGGGAUGAAGGACGGGAGCUGGGAGGGGCUCUAUCCUGCAAACUACGUGGAGGUGGUUUAAUUUCAGAUUAUAAUGUACCACUUUAAAUAUUUGCGAUCAGGCAUAGCGUUAUGACUACAGACCGGGAGAACUAUGAAAAUGUAUUUCUUUAUCAUCUGGGUUAGACCUGGUUCAGUCCUGGUUUAGAUUUAGUUUAGUUCUGGUUUAGUCCUGGGUUAGCACAGCUCUUUGUGUUGUUCAUGUUUUUUAAAGGUCAGAAUGUGUCAAAGGUGCUUUAGACCUGGUUUAGUUCAUUUUAAACCAGGUCCUGGUUUAGUCCUGGUUCAGACCUGGGUUAGACAUAGGUUUAGUUAGUCCUGGUUUAGUCAUUAUGCUGUGCCUGAUCACAAUAUUGUACUUUAUUUAAAAUGUGGAGUUCACAAACCAAAGCUGCCAUAUUAGCGAGCUCCAAACAUGUGAAAAUCUGCAGGCUGAUGUUUCUUGAAGGACUUUAAACAUUGAUGCUUUUUUAUGCAUAAACCACUUGUAUUGAAGCCAUAUAAAUAUUUAGCUUUAAUGCUGGACUUUACGGUACACAUUUGGUGCUGGAAUGUCAUAUAGGAACUUUUAAUUACAUGUUUUUUUGUUUAGUUUUUUCUCUCUCUCUGUUUUUUUUUUUUUUUUUUUUUUUUACUCUUGGCACCUCAAGGAAUUGAACUGCUUAAGAGACUGUGAGGAGAAUGCCGCUAGUAGCAGAAGUGUUGCCUAGACUAAAAAUAUACAAUUGUACUAAAAAAGUUAAAGGGCCUAUAUUACGCUAUUUUCUUAAUAUAAUGUUGUUUCUUCAUCACAAACAGACCUGGAGAUGUGUUUUGUUUCAUUCACACAUGUUUAACACACAAACCCUGCAUAUUUAGGCUGAGUUCUUCCAUCAAACUGAAAACACUCUGUUCCACCUUGUGAUGUUAUGUGGCAAUACAGGAAGUGCUCCACUCUAUAUUUAAUAAAUGUAAAAGGUGGCUGUUAACUUGAAAACUACCACAACAUGACAUAAGAAGGUGGAACAGAGCAUUAUGAGCUCUCGAGAGAUCAGACGAGGGUCAAACAAAGGGUUACUAAAAUGUAUGAAUAAAACAAAAUACAACUCCAGGUAUGUUUCACGACUUAAAGUUCACAAGAGUCAAUUUUGUGUAAUAUAGGACCUUUAAUUUUUUUGUAAAUAUACAUAUACAUAUAUAAUAUAUAUAUAUAUAUAUAAAUUUAACUUGACCUUAGGCCCCAAAAUCUUUAUUCAAAAUGUAAUAUUGAGAUAUAAAAUGCAAAUUAUCAACACUUUAUUAUAAAAAUGUUAUCAGAUCACUGUACAGACAUUAUGAAAUCUUAAAAUCACUAUAAAUAAUUGAUAUCUUCUUCUUAUCUGUUUACUUAUCUUUUACAAAGUGUCUUCACAAAUAAAUAGCCACUUUGACCUUGUCGUAGUCUUUUCAUAACUAUUUUCAGUUCAUUUUAAUAUGUUCACUCAUCUAUGACAUGUUUUCAAAAAUCUCGUGUUUUUGAAAUAAACUUGUAUUGCAAUAA